GUACUAUUAUAGCCGGACUGCUAGCGGCACACACUCAGUAAUCGCGCCGCAAUCGGUUAUACCUCAUUUCCUGUGCGCCCAGCGUGUGUACUGUAGGGAGAGAAGUCCCCGUUUUGCAGUCGUUGCCUGUGGAGCGUCAGAUUGCCGGCAAUGGCUCGUAACGCGGAGAAAGCCAUGACGGCUUUGGCGAGGUUCCGCCAGGCACAGCUCGAGGAAGGAAAAGUGAAGGAGAGAAGGCCGUUUCUGGCCUCUGAAUGUAAUGAAUUACCGAAAGCAGAGAAGUGGAGACGACAGAUUAUUGGUGAAAUAUCAAAGAAAGUGGCACAGAUUCAAAAUGCUGGCCUUGGUGAGUUCAGGAUCCGAGACUUAAAUGAUGAAAUAAAUAAGUUAAUCAGAGAGAAAGGCCACUGGGAGGUCCGUAUAAAAGAGUUGGGAGGACCUGACUAUGGUCGCAUAGGGCCCAAGAUGCUUGACCAUGAAGGGAAGGAAGUCCCAGGAAACCGGGGUUACAAAUACUUUGGAGCUGCCAAAGACUUACCUGGUGUUCGUGAGCUAUUUGAAAAAGAACCUCUCCCUCCACCACGUAAGACCCGUGCUGAACUGAUGAAAGAGAUUGAUGCUGAGUAUUAUGGAUACAGGGAUGAAGAUGAUGGUGUGUUAGUACCAUUGGAGCUAGAGGAAGAAAAAAGAGCAAUUGCUGAGGCCAUAGAGAAAUGGAAAUCUGAGAAAGAAGCUCAACUGGCAGCUGGAGGGAAGAAUGAGGAGGAGGAGGAAGUGAAUAUCUAUGCAGUGGCUGCUGAUGAGUCUGGAGAAGACAGUGACAGUGAGAAGGAGAGAGAAGAGGGAGAGCAGAAAUUUAUUGCCCAUGUUCCUGUACCGUCACAAAAAGAGAUUGAGGAAGCGCUAAUACGAAGAAAGAAAAUGGAACUGCUGCAGAAAUAUGCCAGUGAGGCGCUUAUGGCUCAAAGUGAAGAUGCUAAACGACUGUUAGGCAUAUAGAACUGUAAAUACAUGAUACAACCUGCCAGGUCCUUGUAAAUUCUUUUAUACAUUUUGUACAGAAAUUCAAUUGAGAAAAAUAUAGACUGAUUUUGUA